UUUACAGGAACUUGUAGAAUUGGUUCACAGGGGAAACCAGUCUGUGUGGCUUAAAAUCAUGGAUUUGUUCUCCUCUACAAUCGGACUGAUGCUUGAGUGGGAUUUGAAAAGUCUGCUGCUUUUCCUAUCAGUUUUCAUUAUCACUGCGGAUUACAUUAAAAACCGCCGGCCUCUUAGCUUCCCUCCAGGACCUCCAGGUCUUCCAAUUUUAGGAAACAUAUUCACCGUGGACGUGGGCAGGCCCCAUGAGAGCUUUUCAAAGUUGGCAGCAGAAUAUGGAGAUCUGUACAGCCUGCGGUUUGGUCAGCGGUGGACUGUGGUGUUGAAUGGACACAAAGCUUUGAAAGAAGCUCUGGUAACAAAGGGGGACAGUGUUGUAGACCGCCCACACCUCCCUCUGCAGGAUGAGAUCGCUAAAGGGCUGGGAGUGAUUUUCAGCAACGGCGCCAACUGGACGGAACAGAGGCGUUUCGCGCUUUCAACCCUCAGAUACUUUGGAUUUGGAAAGAAGUCUCUGGAACCCGUCAUCCUGAAUGAGUUUGCUCACUGCGCAGAAGAGCUGAAACGCUUUAAAGGCGAGCCUUUGGACCCCCACCUCAUCAUCAACAACACCGUCUCCAACAUCAUCUGCCAUCUGGUCUUCGGUCAUCGCUUCAAUUAUGGCGACAAGAAGUUCAAAAAACUGAUGCUGCUCUUUGACAGAGCGCUCCAGAUUGAAGCUUCUAUCUGGGCACAGCUCUACAACUCCUUCACUCUGAUCAUGAGAUGUUUGCCGGGUCCACAUAAGACACUCCAGCAUAUCUGGAGGGAAGUGCAAGACUUCAUAGGAGAAGAGCUGAAGGAGCACAAGAAGAGCUGGGACCCCUCAGAUGCAAGAGAUUACAUCGACUUCUACCUGACAGAGAUCCAGAAGACCAAAGGGCAGGAAGGCAGCACGUUUGAUGAGGAAAACCUGAUCAUGUGCGUUUUGGAUCUGUUUGUGGCCGGCUCCGAGACCACAUCCACCACCCUGCGCUGGGCGUUCCUUUACAUGGCCAAAUAUCCCGAGAUCCAAGAAAAAGUCCAAGCAGAGAUACACAAAGUGAUUGGAAAGUCCAGACCCCCAUGCAUGGAGGACCGUGCAGAACUACCGUACACAGAUGCUGUCAUCCAUGAGGUCCAGAGGAUUGGGAACAUCGUUCCUCUGUCUUUACCACACGCCACCAACAAAGAUGUUCAGCUGGGAGGCUUUACCAUCCCAAAGGGAGUGCUGAUCAUUCCCAACCUGACUUCAGUUCUGUUUGACGAGAAAGAAUGGGAGACGCCCCACGCGUUCAACCCGGGACACUUUCUGAACAAAGACGGCAAGUUUGUGAAACGAGGAGCGUUUAUCCCUUUUUCUGCUGGAAAAAGGUUGUGUCUGGGGGAGAACCUGGCCAGGAUGGAGCUUUUCCUCUUCUUCACCUCCUUCAUGCAGCACUUCAGCUUUUCCAUGCCCGCCGGGGUGGAGCCUGUGCUCGACUAUCGCGCCGGCCUAACUUUGGCUCCAAAACCGUACAAAAUCUGUGUCCAGGCAAGUUCUGAGAAGUAACGGCAGCAGACUGAGGAGCUGCAGCAUCAUAAUGGUUUUAAAUUGUUCCUUCAAAGAAUUCUAGCUUUGAGCACAACCACAGAGUUAAUUACUACUCUGUCACCAGCAGGAAUGAUUAAACAAUCAGGAAAGAGGUCACUUCCCAUGAUCCUUUGGGGUUUGCAUUUUUAUCAACCAUUUUUUUAGCUGUAAACAUUUUUACUACCUUAAUGUGAAUGAAAAAUGGUCUAAUGUUCACAUGAAUCAUGAAUGGCUUAUUUAAAUAAAAACAGACGAUCGGAGUGUU